UCAUAUUUCCACCGCCGCGCCUUUCCAUUCCAUGAUCAAGGACAGCAAACUAGGGCUCAUGGACCGGUAAUUGGGAAUUCUCUCGCAAUCCCUGGGAAGGAGAGCGUUUCAAGUGGCCAUGGAUCACAGAGCGUGAGCGGAGGAAUCCGCGCGACCGUGAGGCUCUUUCAUCACAGUCGAUCCAUUCUUGACAAGAUACAAGCCGGAGAAGGGCCAUGUUGUGAUCGGGCGCAUUGUAGAGGUGACGUGUUCUUCGCUAGUGAGCGUUGGCUCGAGGAUUUCUUCGUUUCUGCAAGGUUGCGCAAGGGAGCUGGAGGGUGGACAUCAGCUGCGAUCGCCAUGCUCGAUUGGAGCUAUCGUCUGUGGAUCUGCCAGCGAGCAUCCAGCGACGAAGAACUGCCGUGGAUGAGCUCAACAUGCGAAACUUUCUCGUCGAAACCGAUCUCGUCAGUGCCGAGAUCACCAAGGCCGAUCAAGGCUGGCCAGCGGAGCUCUACGCCGGAAGCUCCAGACUGGGAACGCUUCAGAAGCUCGCCUAUGGAAAGGUUUGUGAGAAAGAGAAUUGUUCUUCCUGGAAAACUUACUUGUUCUUCGCAGCUCAAGAAGGGCCGAGUUGUCAAGGUGAAACCAUACCUGCUCAAGAUGAAGAAGCACCUCCAUGUCUUCCACGCCAAGGAGUGCCAAGUGAGGAUCAUCUUUGGCUGCAAUGGCAGGGUCUGGAUUGGCGAUGCGAACCAAGGCGAUGAGGUCGAGCAGGAGCUUUCGAUUGGCACCAGGGAGGUGAUUUGCCGCCUCGCAAGCAGUGCUCAUCUGGUUCGAGCGAGUCGUGGAGGUUUUCGACAAGAGCCUCAGCUCCGCCACCACCAUCAGAGAAAUGCUGGACUCCAGAUUUGAGCACCAAAUUUCUCAAAGUAGCUGGAACAAAUCGAAGAGAUCUUCGUGAAGAUCAUCCUUACAUCAUACCUUUCUUGAUGGAUCUUAGUGUUCUUUCGGGAUUCUUUGGAGAGUGUUGCUAAAUCUUGCUAAAUCUUUUA